UGCGGUGGAACGCUCAUCUCCAACGUGCACGUCAUGUCUGCCGCGCACUGUUUCUUUGACCGCGCCGGCGUGUCGAACGUUGGAGCGUAUUCAUCGGUGGUCGUCAGAUUCGGCGCACACGCCGACGUGAAUGCGGGUGCGAUGACGGCGAGCGUUGUCCGCAUAGAUGGACAUCCUGAGUUCAGUGAUAUUACCUGGGACAACGACGUUUCAGUCCUCACGCUUUCGUCUCCCGUCGACGUCGCAUCGUACCCGCCCGUUGUACUAGCUUGGAAUCCGGCCGACAUCAACGUCGGCCAGAUCGCACACGUCGUCGGUUGGGGCACUCGAGACGAUAACAUGUUAAGCAAAGUGAUGAUGGAAGGUACGGUGCCCAUUGUGUCACACGCGCAGUGCACCGCCGCCGGCAGUUACGCCCCGAGUGAAAUUCUGCCUUCGAUGGUCUGCGCCGGUUACGCCCAAGGCGGCGUCGACGCGUGCCAGGGAGAUUCCGGCGGUCCGUUGAUUCAGAAUUCAAAGCAAAUCGGGAUCGUCAGUUGGGGCGAAGGAUGCGCGCUCCCACAAAAGUACGGCGUGUACUUCGCCGUGCGCGCCGCGCAAGGCUUUCUGGCUCUCGCCACGGAUUCG